UGACCUGCUGGUGGUGUCGUGUGAUCCUAUAGUUAAUAUGGAAAAUUUGCCAGGCACAUCAGAGUUCCCAUUUGAACAAUCUGACCGACUCGUACGUGAUGCCGUGGACAAUUUGCCAACCACAUCAAAGUUUCCGCUUGAACAAUCUGAACUGCGGAUAUCGCGUGGAACAUCAGAAUUUCCACUUAAACAAUCUGACCAAUGGGUAUCGGAUGGUUCCGCAGCUAACGAGCAACUAGAUUCUGAAUUUGGGAUGGAACAUCAUGUUGAGAGAUGGGUAAAUGAAGACUGGAGCGAACUCGAUAGUCUCUUUAAUUUUGAAGUAGGGAAACAAGCUGUGCAGCUAGAAAUGGAUUUGCCGACUGCAGGAACAGAACUCACAGAUGGUCGAGAUUAUACUGAUCACUUCUUCCAAGAUCCCGCAUAUCAUGCUUCAGUACAGCAAAUGAAUGCAGCAUUGAAGUCAAUAACAGGCCAAGAAGAUUUCGUGCUUGAAGCAUCUGACCAGUUGGCUGUGGUGACCUCCUCACACUCGCAAGCUUUGCAGCAAUCUGACCUGUUGGUAUUGCCUGAUCCCGUAGUUAAUAUGAAAAUUUUGUCAGGCACAUCAGAGUUUUCAUUUGAACAAUUUGACCUGCUGGUAUCACAUGCUCCCGUCGUUAAUAUGGAAAAUUUGACAGGUACGUCAGAGUUUCCGCUUGAACAAUCUAACCUGCCGGUAUCGCAUGAUUUAGAAAAUUUGCAAGACACGUCAAAUUUUCCGUUUGAACAAUCUGACCUGUUGGUAUCCCGUGAUUCUGUUGUAAACGACCCGCUAGAUUCUGACUUUCGGAUGGAACAACAUGUUGAAGGAAGGGUAAAAGAAGACUAGACCGAAGUUGGUAGUAGAGGAACAAGCUCUGCAGCAAGAUCAGUGUUCCGUGAGGUGUUUUUCACUAUUGCAAAAGCCAAAAAUGUCCGUGAGGGAAGCUAGCUAGCUAGUUAGUUUUAAAAAA